AUGACAACAGCACAUAGACCUACUUUUGAUCAGAGCCGAGCUCGAAGCUCAAAGCCAAAAUCAUCUAUACAGCAUAAAAGAGCGCUGCCCGCACAUAGAGAAUUAAAGUUUAGAAAGAGAGUGAAAAAGGUGGAUGAAGAUUUUGAUUCGGAUAUAGAAGAUGAAGAAGAUGAAGAAGAGGAAGAAGAUGAAGAAGAGGGAGGAGAUGGUAAAAAGAGAUUGUAUAUAAAGAAGUCUGAUGUUAAAGAGAUGAGAAGGAGGUUGGAAGAUGGCUCUGGUGACCACGAGAGUGGGCAGUCUUUGGAACAGAGAAGGCUUGAAUUACUUAAAGAGACCAAGGAAGUAGAUGAGAGUGAGAGUGAGGGCGAUGCCGACGAGGAAGAGGAAGAGAGCGACUCAACUUCAACCUCUUCAUCUGCCUCUGACUCCUCUUCUGAUAGUGACGAAGAACUAUUAAAGGAGCUCGAAAAGAUACGUCAAGAGCGAAAGCAAAAGGAAGAACAGCAAAAAGAGGAUGCAAUAAUGAAGAAAGUUCAGCAAGAACAGGAGAAGGAGAAAGAAGAGGAAGAUACAGAGGAGAUUACUAAAUCGUGGAGAUCACAGGCUCUGUUUCAUAAGCAAAGUCACACCGAAAAGGAUCCUGAGUUCGUUAAUGAUAUGCUUCGAAGUGACUUCCAUAAACGGUUUAUGGACAAAUACUUUAAAUAA